AUGUCUGCCAAGGUUGCAAAGGGUGUCAAAGGAUUUAAAUCAAAAGGAAAAUUUUUCAAGAUCAUGGGACCCAAAGGCGAGGACAGACAGGCCUUCCAGAUCUUGGAGGAGUAUGAGGAAGUAAAAAGUCCUGAUGACGGGUCAUUUGAAGAGAAAAUACAAGAACAGGAGUUGAUUUAUUACCAGUAUAUAAAUCAGCGUAACAUUGCAAAGAAAAUAGGGGCGAAUCCAGACGAGGUGGAAAUACCAGAGAAAGCAAAAGAGUAUAUGAAAGCUUAUGGAGCUGACGUAUCUAAACAGGAUAAAAUGAAAGCAUCUCAAGCUCAAAGAAACAGUAAUAAACAAAGGAAAACGCAGUUAAUCCAGAAACUGAACAAGAAUAAAAAAGGCAGAAAGAAAGGAAAAUUCGGUAGACGGCGACAGAAGGGAAGAAGACGGCGACGACGAAAUCGAGAGUGGAAGGGGCGUGGCAAACGUAUGGCGAUAAGGGACGAGAACCGUUACUGGACCAAUGGAAUCAUCCCUUACGUAUUUACAUCCGAAGUUAAAUCAAAGGAGGAACGCCUGGGCCGACUCCGCGCUCAUAGACGAUAUGAAUACUGGACCUGUAUCAGAUUUGUCCCUUGGACAAAAACCACGGCCAGAGAGUACGGGCUGGACCACAACAACUAUCUAAAACACGUCGACAAUAAAGGAUGCUGGUCAGUCCUAGGAAACACAAGAAGAAAUGGACAAAAGAUCUCCUGUUGUAUGGAUGAGUCCUGUGUACAUGAGAUUGGUCAUGCGAUGGGUUUACAUCACGAGCAGAAGAGUUACCUACACCACGAUUACAUUAGAAUUAACUUUCAAAAUGUAAUGCCAGAUCGCGUGAAAGAAUACGAGGAAGAAGAUCCGUCAAGUUCAAAGACGUUUGGCUACUAUGACCUCGGCACAUCGAUGCACUACAAUAAAUUUAUGUUCUCCGCUAACGCUGAGCCGACGAUGACAGUGUUAGACCCCAACCUUGAGUAUCUAAUGAUGACCCCUGACCCUUAUAACUAUUACAUGUUCUACGAAAUCUCUCAAACACACAGAUGUCAAGAAUUACGAUGCCCUGAUUUCACCAUGCAAUGUAAGAAUGGAGGAUAUGUAUCGUACAUCCGGGACAUUUGUACCUGUCGAUGUCCGGAGGGUCUCGACCCCAAAACUGGAUGUACAACUGUGUACCGUGGAGACGCUUCAUUACGAAGUGCCUCAUGGCCGUCCAGUGGGUUUUCAAUGCUGAAGCCCAAUGAUGGCUGCCCCGAGGGAUUUAAGGAGGGGAGUCUUUCUCUCGGUGUCCCUAGCUCCGAUCACUCCGAACUGUACAACAUAGAUACAGAGGCGGGUGAUGACGAACUCACGCUCAAGUUCUGUACGAAAGAGGAAAGCCCCGGAACAGAUACACAGUGGGAGCCCGGGCAGUAUUGUAUACUCAGCUCAAACACCAAGUGUCCCAGCGGAUUUGAAGAUGGAUUUGUUGUCAUUGACAACAAUAAAAACCCUCGUGUCAAGUCACUUCCGGUUCCUGAUAUCAAAGUUGACGAAAAUGUUGGUUUCCAUUUCUGUUGUCGUAAUGACGGAAGCUGGUUCGAUCAGAUUUAUUUACCCAGUAGUCAACCAUUUUUCUUGUUUGAAAGAGGAUACGAAUGUCAAGAAGUCAAAGACAUGAUGACGUCAAGUCAAUGGUUGAUGAUUGAGAAUGAUUUGUCUGGAGAAAAUAAAAUUGUUGGAUCCGCUCCAGAUAUAACCAUCAGACAAGACAGAAAUUACUUUAUCAACGUCUGCUACUACACCCCAAUAAACUAUGACUGUGGUGACGUGAUAGAACUAAGCAGAGAUAACCCCAGUACGACAAUAUCUUCUCCAAACUUUCCCAAUGAAUAUAAUCCACGCCAGCGUUGUCAAUGGACAAUUACGAGUCCACAAAACACAAGAAUGAGAAUGACGUUUGAGAAGUUUGAGGUAGAACUGAGAGAAGACGAUAAAUGUGGGGAUUAUCUUGAGGUCAAGUUUACACUUCCGGGUCAUCCUGGAAUCAACUAUUGUGGUUCUACAUUUGAACCCACGAUUCUUACAGAAAGGAAUUAUCUAGGCUUGGUUUUCACUAGUGGUCCUGAUGUAGUACAGAAAGGCUUUAAAGCGACUAUAUCGCUUUUAACAGAUCACGACCUUUGUUACACUGGAAAGGGAGAGAAUUACAGAGGAAACGUAAAUUUUACAAAAGACUUUGAGCCUUGUCUCCCUUGGAGUGAAGUCCAACACUGCCCACACAGUACAUUCAACUCACACGACCUUGAUGAUGGCCUUGACAGUAAUUUCUGUCGUAACCCUGGAGACGGAACUUCACCUUGGUGUUACAUCCACCGAGAGAAUUGUGAGAGGAACUACUGCGACCCCUGUGGACUGGGUCAUUGCUUUGAUAAAUACUUCGACUGUGAGGAGUUACUUUCUAACGGAACACAAGUGUGUGGACAUGACAUCGACAUCAAAUAUGGCUGCCGGAAGUCUUGUGGAUAUUGCAAAGAAAAACCCGAUUUGCCAGUUGACAAUGUCAAAUGUAAGACUCCUAACGACAUUGAUGACGCUAAACCUACGUCAUCAUUGAAGAAAAAGUAUGGCGUAGGGGAGAAUGUGACGUACAGUUGUAAUGGCGGACUGGAGAAAGAAACCCGACAGUGUCUUACAGAUGGCUCUUGGUCAGGAGGAAACUUUGUUUGUGGACGCUGUCCAAAUAAAUGGGUUCCAUUCAAAAAGUCUUGCUAUAAGUUUUUUGAUGUAGAAGUAAACAAAACAGCGGCAAAUGAACUUUGUCAUGCUUAUGACGCAGUUGUUACAUCAUCAAAAGAUGCAGACGAAGAUGAAUUCCUAGUUCACAUGAGGGGUGAUAUGCGACCUAUUUGGUUAGGUUUGGAGGAAGUCGCCGGAAGAGGGCGUCAUAGAUGGCAGGAAGACAUGUCUCAAGUCACGUGGACAAAGUGGAAAAAGGGUAAAAGUAGUGAGUGUGCGUACAUGGAUAGAGACGGCCAAUGGUCUGGUAUCAGGUGUAGUGUCCCAAAAUAUUUAGCUGUUGUCUGCAAAUUCAUACCAUCAGACCGCAGAAAAUGUGUCGAUGCUUCCUCAAAUUGUGUAGAGAAGAUAGAAUCAGAACCGGGGACGUGUAAAGAAUAUCCGGAUUUUGCAUGGCAGAGUUGUCCAGCAAGUUGUGGUCUAUGUCAAAACAAAGGUAAAAAUUGCAAGAUUCCAAGAUAUCCACGAAAUGCCAUUCAGUUAUCAAGGGGUUCUAUUAUCAGUACUGGGGAUGUAAUCGAGUAUGACUGUCGUAAGGGGUAUGUACUUACUGGUGGAAAUCUGCGAAGAGCUUGCCUCUCUUCAGGGAAACUUACUGGCGAACCGCCUAAAUGUACUUCUGAGCACAGUUUACCAACCGCUAAUUUUGACGUGGAAUUACGACAGCGCAGUCGCGAUGGCGGUGCAGACGGAGGUGCUUAUACAGCCCAAAAUGAGGCUAUGCGCAUUCAUAAAGACGGACGUCUUGUGAAAUGGGAAUUUUACAGUAUAUAUGAUGGUGUAUUGGCUCUUCAAGUGUGGCGAAAGUCAAAGACUGUUGGAAAAAAGAUUAGUUUUGAGUUAGUUGGUCAAAAUGUCAUUAAAAGUUCAAAGAACCACAGAAUUCGACGAUAUGUAGUCCCUUCCGCGGAACAGAUUAAUGUUAUGAAAGGAGAUGUUGUUGGAUUCUUUUUACCAAAGGACCUGAAAGGUGGUAUAACUUUAGAUAAAUGUAACAAAAAGUAUUCAGGCCGGACAUAUGGAAACCAGUUAGUUUAUGAUGGUCGUAAAAAGCUUCCAAACGACUGGAUAGUUGGGGAGACAUUCACAUUUAAACCUGAUAGCACCGACUGCAAGAUUAUCUCCAUGAAAGCUUUUGUGAUAUGA